UUUCCUUGGCAACAGCAUUACGUGAAGUAUUAACCUCAGAGCGAUUUGUUGACAAUAUGGAUAUCCAGGAAAUAAAUGUCGCCUCCUGUCGUUCGCAAGAUGCCGGCAGCUGUGUGGAGAACAUCGUAGACAUGGAUGACACUGACGAGGAAGUCCUAGUUACCUCCAGUUCCUCAGAUGCUGCUUUUGAUUUGGCCAUUGGCUGCAUAGAGGACAUUGUCAUGGAGGAGGAGUUCCAGCAGCUUCAGCGGAGCUUCAUGGAGAAAUACUAUAUGGAGUUUGACAACUCUGAUGAGAACAAACUCAGCUACACACCCAUCUUCAAAGAAUACGUCGACCUGCUGGAGAAACACCUGGAAAAACAGCUGAUGGAGAGAAUCCCUGGCUUCAACAUGAACACUUUCAUAGAGCUGCUCAUGCAGCACAAGGAUGAGACUGAGGGCGACAUUUUCGACAUGCUGCUGACGUUCACAGACUUUGUGGCCUUUAAGGAGAUGUUUCUGGAAUACAGAGCAGAGAAGGAAGGCCGAGGUCUGGACAUGAACGGGCUGGUGGUCACGUCACUGAUCCCUGCAGACGUCAAACACACCACGGAAUCGCAGUGACGCUCGCACACAGGGAAAAACAACACUUGAAUUGCCUCUUCCCGCAUGUGUUGGUGUAAGAUUUUGUGUUUGCGUUUGUGACUCGAGUUUCAAGAUUCCCUCUACGUCUAAAAUCUUAAAUCUACAGCCUGUAAACAAAAAAAUGAACGUGCCUGAAUUGUUGUGUUUCACGUGGUGACUUUGAUGGACCUUAUUUAAACUUCCCUGUAGAUAAAAGAAUGAAGAUGGAAAGGUUUUGACUUCUUUCUACUCCUCAACCUCUGCACUGGACUCAACUACUUGAAAUAUGCACAUCUCUUAAACUGGGAUUUACACAUAAAUGAGGUUUAAUCCUAAUUUUUACAAUCAUCCUCUCAUUCACGACUAUAUUGUUGUAAUGUUGAGGCAUACAACAUACAUGAUGUUUAUAGAAGGAACCCCUCGUGAUGAUAUUGAAUGUAUGAAUCUGUUUUUUUCUCCAUAGGAAAGUUAUGUAACAGAACCAAUCUAUGUUUUAUGAAGAUUUAAAUAAUGUGAUCAGUUUGAAAACUGAGCUUCGUGCCUGUGAAAGUGGAUAAUGGAGUAUAUGUGUGUGUGUGUGUGCGCGCGCCUGCCUGUAAUGAGAAAUGACAUAGUUUUCAGUACGUUUUAUACAUGUCUUAUCAUGACAUAAGAGUAUAUAUUUAUGUCACUGCUAAAAUACUGCUGUUCAUGUCAGAUUUGUUUUUGGUAAAAGUAUAUUUCCAAAUAAAGUGGUUAAAAAAAGCCUUAAA